CUUUCUUUAGGGCCAGCCCUUGUUUAUAAGCACUUGCAACCGAGGAAACAGAGCAACCCCAUCAUUUCAAAGCAAAAGCAAAAGAGAAAGAAAAGCAAAACAAAGCAGAGAGGUGAGCUGAGAGAGAAAGAUAAUAAAGAGAGGAAUUCAAGGAAGAAGAAGGGUUUUCUGUGCAACAUAGAGAGAGAGAGAAAGAGAAAGAGAAAGUGACCAUGCAGACAGGUGAACACCCUCAGCUCCAGCAACAGUUAAUGGUGCAGAACUCAUCAGGAAGUCUGAGCUUCAACAGCAAUUUAUCCAAAGAAGAUGAAGAGAUGUCAAGGUCAGCUCUCUCUAAUUUCAGGGCCAAGGAGGAAGAGAUUGAGAGGAAGAAGAUGGAGGUCAGAGAGAAAGUUCAAGCUCAGUUAGGCCGUGUUGAAGAAGAAACUAAGCGUUUGGCCACAAUUCGUGAGGAGCUUGAAGGGCUUGCUGAUCCCAUGAGAAAGGAAGUUGCUCUGGUCCGGAAGAAGAUCGAUGCAGUGAACAAAGAAUUAAAGCCACUAGGACAUACCUGCCAGAAGAAGGAGAAAGAAUACAAAGACGCACUAGAGGCUUUCAAUGAUAAGAACAAGGAAAAAGUACAGCUUAUAACCAAAUUAAUGGAGCUGGUGAGUGAAAGUGAGAGGUUGAGGUUGAAGAAGCUGGAAGAGUUGAGUAAGAACAUAGAUUCACUACAAUGAUAACCUGCUGCUAAUAACUGAUUAGGUUUGUGUGAUGUAUGUAAGAUGACUUUAUAUUUAUAUAUGGGUGUUUCCGGUUUGGUGUAUUCUACGGUAUCUUUGUUUGUUUCGUUAGAAUUUCAUCGAACACUUAGCUGAUUUAGGAAGGGAAAUUCCCUACAAACAGGUUUGUAACUAAGUUUAUCUGGAUUUAGCAUUUUCUUCUCAAUUUUUUUUUUCUUAUGUUCAACUUUGUAUUCUCUCUUUAAAGUUCUGGAAUUUGAUUUUUUGGUUUA